AUGGCCCGAACACUGCGCUGGGGUGGCGUGGUCUUUUUGCUGGCAGGAGCUCUGCUCAUUGGCAGAGCUGCUGACGUGCAGGGCUUCCUUUCUGUCCCACGUCGGCAGCAACUCCUGGUGGCCGCGGCAGUAUUAGCACCACAGGCUGCACUGGCACGGGAAGGCUUCACAGAGACUAGCUCGGGCUUGCAGUACAAAGUGAUUCAGGAAGGAACUGGACCAAUCCCAACAACUGGCCAGCGAAUCAAAGCUGACUACACAGGUUGGCUAGAUGACUUCGAGUCGGACAGAAAAUUUGACUCCUCAAGGGAUCGGCGACAGCCCUUGGAGUUUCAGGUCGGAAUCGGAAAGGUCAUCAAGGGCUGGGAUGAAUCACUUCUCAGCAUGAAGGUCGGUGAAAGACGCCAGAUCAUCGUCCCUUCAAAUCUUGGCUACGGGAACCGUGGCAUCGGGCCUAUCCCGCCUGGUUCAACGCUUUAUUUCGAUGUUGAGCUGAAAUCGAUUGUUACACGAUGA